UCAGAAUUAAGAAGAAGAAGAAGAAAAUUCUAUAAGCAGGAAAUUAUGAAUUUGAUAAAUAUAUGUAUAUGUAUUGCAAGUUUAUUAUAUACCUUUUUAGUUGUGGUUGAUUUAACAUGUUUUAUUUCAAAGCCAAAUAGGGUAAUAGGUUCACAGGGAAACUGGAGAAAUAUAUCAUGGGCCCUUUUUAUAGACAUGUGUUUAUUAUGUUUAUUUAUUAUACCACAUUCUUUACUUGUAUCAACCAGUACAAUAUCUCAAAAGUUAAACACCUUAUUGUUGAAGUUAAAUUUACGCCAUUUACAUCGAAUUAUUUAUGUGAUUAUUACGGCUGGAACUUUACAGAUACUAAUAAAAAACUGGAUAAUUAUACCAGAAAUGAUGUUUUGGAAUUUAAAUAUGAAUAAUAAUUGUUUUUGGUGGAUUUAUAUAAGUAUACAUUUUACAGCUUGGAUUGUUAUUUAUGUUGGAAAUAUAUGUACUGAUAUUACAGAACUUUUAGGAGUAAAACAGGUAAUUUAUAGUUUGUCUAAAAAACGUGAUCCUAAUUAUAUGAAAUCUGGAGAUCUCCUAAGAUUAUACUCUCAUAUGCGUCAUCCAAGUUUCUUGGCAUUUUGUCUUCUGUUGUGGAUAACACCGCAGAUGUGUUUGGAUCGUUUACUUUUAUCAGCAAUAUUAACUCUUUAUAUGAGUUUAACAUGGAUAACAAAUGAAAAAGACUAUGUAUACCAGAAAUACCAAUACAUCAGAAAAUACCAUGAACUGGAUCUACUGGAAAAGUAAUUUUAUCUUUUAUUUUUUAAGUAUUUAUAAAUAAACAUUGUAUUGGCGGUUCUUGAAUAUGUUUGUUAGUGCUUCUAUUUAUUAGUAGGUAAUACCAUUGUUUUUAAAUUGCAAUACAAAGAAAUAAGUGUCCCACAGUUUCAAAAAAAUUAAAUACUUAAAUAGCUUCUUGUUAUAUAUUUAAAAAGAUGUGAAAAAAAAUAUGACAAAAUAUAUUUUGCUGAGCAUUGAAGUCUAUAAAAAUAUGUAAUUGAAAAGCAAAAAAGAUGUGAAAACAUUUUAAUGCUCUAAAAUUAACUUUUUUAUUUAGAAUGUAUGAUAAAAGAAGCUGAUUUAUUUUACAAAAAUAUCAUUAAUGUGUAAAUGUUGUUUUAUUUUAUGUACAUAUAAACCUAUUGUAUAUUGUAUAAUUUUGUCCUUUAAUUGGAUGUAAAUCUGUU